GUGACCGGUCGACAUUCGCGCGCGCACCGCGGACCCAGCCGCUUCGAAAUUUGAACGCGGAACGUUAACCGUUCCAUUUUCAAAUAUUUUAAUUAUACUUUUAUUUCUUUUUUAUUUCACAUAACAAAGUGCCAGUGAAACGAACUUAUUUAAGGAUUUUGUGCCUGUGUUAUAGUGAAUGUCUUCUUUGUAGACAGAUUCUGAUGGUGCUAUCACUCGUUGGUUGUACAGCGUAAAAUGUAAAAUCCGAACAAAUCGAUCGAGCUAACUGUGAAUUGAAAUUGUGUUAUAAUAACUGUCGACAAAUCGUGCAUAGUGGUUUUCGCGUCAUAACCAAAAACUGGGAUAAUUACAGUGAAGUGUAUUGAAACACGGAUAUUGGACCGUGCUCAUCAAUUUGGCGGUAUAGCCUUGAUGUCAGUCCGCCCCAAAAAUAAUGGAUAGCAACAGUAGAUCGGCGUCGCCGCGAGACCCUCCUAGACCCCAGCACCGACCACCAUCCCCUCCGUCACCAGCUGCCUUCGACAAUCGAGCUUACCAACAUGACGAGUCAGAUCAAAACCACAACGACUCUUUCACAUCGAACGGGCCACAGCAAAACGGCCACACCAAGGAACCAAACGGAGAUGCCAAAACAUUGGAAGCAGUAAAUCUUGAACUGAUAAAUUUGACUCCUAAAAAUGGAAAUGCAAAGAAAAAAGACGUGGAAGUCGAUAUGAGUACCACAAACCCAUACGAUGAAUAUUUUGUUCCAGUGAAUGAGCACAGGAAAUAUAUGAGAGGUGAGAAAUUGUACGUGACAGCGGACAAACGCGGUGAAAAAGGCGGUUGCAAACGACCGUUGUGCUGGACGCUACUGGCGCUAGUAGUGGCCGCCAUUGUCGCUUUGAUUGUAUUAGCAGCAACUGGGAUUCUAUUUGCGAGCUCACCAACAACUCUGGAGCAAUACAAUUCAUCAGUAAGCUCUGCGCGCGCGCUGGGCGGGAUCACCCUUGAGCAUGAUCAUGACGACCACGACCACAGUCACGACCACAGCCACCACGACCACGACCACGACCACGAUCACGACCACAAUGUGGAAACCACAACCCAACAACACGGACCAGACACGCAGAAUGACGACAGUCAUCACUCCAUUGGGUCGGAUGAAUCGGAUUUAUCUAUGUAUGUACCAAAAACUGUGGAAGGUGAGCUGAGGAUCGACAACGAAGAAUUCACAAAUGCGAUGCGCAACCCUGAAAGUCCAGAGUACCAGGAAUUUGUUAAAACCUUCAGUGAUGCCCUAAAAAGGGCGCUGUUUGACAGGAACACAUUAGAGCAUGGUGACGACGAAAUUAUGGUUGAAGUAGUAGAUGUCAGAGAGGGUUCGCUGAUCGUAACCUACAGGAUUCACUGGAAACCAAGAUCUAAAGAACAUGAACCUGCUGAAGACUUAUUGACACCCGAAUCAUUAAAAUCAAACCUCGAUAACUAUCUAGGUAGAAACAACAGAAUGAUUAAUAUCUAUCACAUCGCCGAAGACAAAAUGACCACAAGAUCUGUUCUGGACCUAUGUAAAAUAUCAAAUUACGAUUGUCAAUACAAAUGCGAGUUCGACGAAACUACUCUUGAUUUUACUUGUAUUUGUCCACACGGCCAAAUAUUAGAUAUGAUGAAUUCAAAAAAUUGUGUACCUUACCUUGAACAGCCAAUAUAUAGCAAUACAGAAGAAAAAGAACAAGAUUCAAACGAAGACACACAACAAAAAGAGUUCAAAGUUCUGAGAAUUGGUGAAAAUCCGAGCACAAGUAAGUCUAUACCAGAAGAAGAAAAACCAAAUACUGAGUCAGUACAUGUUGCUGAAAAUGGAAAUUUUGACUGGAAAGAAUCUCACCAUGUUGUUCCAGAAACAACUACACAAUCUGAAGCUGAUGUCAACUUUUCUCAUAUAUUUGGUAAUAUGAACGAAGAGCACAAUAACGAACAUACUCCAAAACCAGAGCCAGAGCCUUCUUCUGAACAAGAAACCAAUUCUGAACCCAAGUCAAUACCUAUUAAAUUACCAAAUUCAGAAUCUGUGCCAGAACCUGAACCAACAGCAGAACCAAAAGCUACUGCUGAACCUCAACCUGCUGUGGAGCUGCAACCAAAAGUAGAACCAGCUGCAGAACCAACCGCCGAGCCAGCAGCAGAACCAACCGCCGAGCCAGCAGCAGAACCAACUGCAGAGCCAACUGCAGAACCAGCUGUAGAACCAGCCGCAGAACCAGCUGCAGAACCAGCUGCAAAACCAGCUGCAGAACCAACCGCCGAGCCAGCAGCAGAACCAACCGCCGAGCCAGCAGCAGAACCAACUGCAGAGCCAACUGCAGAACCAGCUGCAAAAUCUGAACCAGCUAUAGAAACUACAGUUGUAUCUAAAUCAUCAGUAGAACAACACCCAUUAGAACCGACACCAGAGCCAGAACCAAACGCAGAACCAACCGCGGAGCCUGCGCCAGAGCCGGCACCAAAAUCUGAACAAGCAGAAGCUACGCCUGCAUCAGCACAACAUUAUCUAAAUAUCGAACGUACAGCAGAACCAACAGCAGAAUCUGAAUCAGAUUCUGAACCUCGUGUUGAACCCCUACCAUCUGCUAAAGAAAUUCUAGAGACAAAAACAACUACAGACUCAUAUUUUAAUCCAGAACACCAAUCAAUAUUAUCUGAAAACUGGACGGAACCUGAAUCGCAUAAUACGGAAUUACAGUCAGAACCUGAACCAACUCCUGAACCGAAACUAGACCUUGAAACAGAAACAAAACACGAUUCAGAACAAAAUACAUUCCAAACUGCAAUCCAUGAAGAACAGUCUAGUGAAAAUCCUAUUAAAACAACAUCCAGGGUCUCAAUAUCUGAACCGAAUAUUAUAAAUGAACCAUCUUAUGAACCAAAACCUGAAAUAAUUUCUAUUUUAAGUAAAACUAAGAAACAGAAUGAUUCUACUACCUAUAUAUCAGACAAUAACACUGAAGACCCAAUUAAUCAUGAAUGGCUAGAGAACAACAACAAUGAGACUGAUAUAACUAAUACUGUAAGAAAUAUUGAGAAUAAAAUGGAUGAAAAUUAUUUAACACAACAAAGAUCGUUUAAAACUUUCGAUAAUGAAUUUGUUCAAGAAACUACAACUACCAAAGAUAUCAUAAAUAAUAUGGAUGAAGACAUUUCAUUUAAUGAUUUUAUUAAAAAACAAGAACAAAUGCACCAAACAAUCACAGAAAUUAGUACUAUUCCUAAUACUGAAAACUCUACGAUAACAAUGUCUUCCAACAUCAAUAACAUGAAUGCUGAAAAUAAUGCCGAAGAUCAAGUAUUAAAUACAAAUACACCAAUAGAAACGACAACAUUGUCAGAAAUUCCAGUUAACAUGAAAAACCAAGAAACAACAGAAAUAGAAUACAAUCACACCUCAUUGCACUCGGCUGAUGACAAAACUGAAAAUAAUUUAGAGAACACUGAAAAUAAUAAAUCUUCGUUAACAUCUGUCACUGAUCAAGCGAGAUCAUUUCAUUUUGAUGGUAAUGAGCACUCAGAAACUACAACCACGGGAUCACAACUGUUAAAUGAAUAUUCUAUUAAAAACCAAUAUUCUGAUUCGGUGGAGAACAAAAAUUUAAUGGACACUCUUAAUAAAAAAAAUCAAAGUGAAGCAAAGGAAAAAACGUCUUCCGAAAAAAAUAUUCAAGACGAUGAAUCGGAUAUAACUUUUGAUAAUGUAAAUACACUUUAUAGUCGCUCAUCUAAAUCAAUUGAAAAUCAGAACACCGACAUUUCUGAUGUUACUGAGCCGACUGAUCACUUAAAUAAAGACACUACUGUUACUACUGAUUCAGACUGGUUAUCAGAAACUAUCACAGAGAUUAGUUAUGAAGAAGCAAUAAAUAAAAUGGAAAAGCACGAAACGACUGAAACAAGUGUAAGUAGUAAAAUUGAUGAUAUAAUUAACCAUGAUGUUACCAAAGAUGACUUCGAACCAGAUUAUUUAAAUAACAUGAGUUCAACUAGUACAAAAAUUACGGAAUCUGAUGUACCUCUCCAUGGUGUAAUACAAGAUUAUGAUAAUGAAGAUUCUCGAGUCAAAAGAGUAAAUAACGAUAUAACAACUGAACCCCUUCCAAAACAAAGUUCUACAGAAAACAUUAAAGAAACACCUGUCAACAGUUCAUUACAUAUCGUACCAAUAGAAACUACUACUAUCAGCGAAUAUAUCUAUCAAACAGCCGAAAAAUAUACGAAUGAAUCUACGGAUAUUUUAAAUGAUCAAAAUAGGACUCAAACUACGAAUGAAUCUCCAACUUUUACUAAUGUUGAACCAGCACCAGUUUGGGAAGUAUCAGAAACUGAAAAGAAUACAGAUACAGACAAGAUAUCGGAAAGAUCGGAUGUUAAUAUUUCUCUUAUAAAUAAUACAGUUCUGUCUGUAACCACAAAUACCCCAACGACUGUAGUAUUAGGUUUGGAUAAUACUAAAAGUACCGAAAAUCUAAAUUCAACGCAAGGGAACAAUUUAGGCGUUCAAAUAUAUGAAAUACCUAGUCAUAUUGGUAACCAUUCAAGUACGUUAACAAAUAUCACACAUUCUCAUUCGGCUGAGUAUGAUGAUCACGAAAUAGAAAUGAAUCCUUUUCUACCAGAGGUGGAAAACAAUAAACAUCUCGUUAAGAAAUUACAAGAAGGACACGACUUAGAACCAACUAACUUAAACGAGACUCAAAACGAAAACACUGAAGAGCAUAUUAUGAAUACUUCAGAUGUCCAUACUUCGGCAAAUAAUGACACAUUAGUAGUAUUAACGAAAAGCGAAACUGAUACUACUACCACAGAAACUGAUACAGCAUUCAAUGAGUUGAUGAAUAGCCACUCCUUGAACCAAAACAUAGAAACAAACAAAGAGAGUACCGGAAACCAUAUGUAUUCAGUAGUUGAGCAAGAAAAUUUAUCAACAUUUUUACAAGACACUGACGACUUAGAUCUUUAUAGAAAACAGAUCUCUGAGACAAAAAGCAAUGUAAAUGAAAUAUUAAACAAUUCAACCAAAGCUAUUCCCGAGACAACAGAAGCUAUAAAUGACGAUUCAAGCGAUUAUCUUAGUGUUGUUCCUAUAGAACCUGAAAAAACAGACGAAAGGGGAGCACUUAAAAAGGAUUAUGAAAGUAAGAACCUACAGGAGCUUAACGACAUUAGUGAUUCUCCAAAAAAGAGUGAUAAAAGGACAUUAGAUAUAACCAAAUUGGAUACAGUAACUAAUUAUGAUGCGUAGUAGUAUAUUAUAAUUAAUGUGUACUUUGUAUUAUAUUCUGAUUGUUUCCUGUGAUGCUGUCGAACAAGUUUCUAUCAAACAAACUUUUUAUACCAAUGUAAAAGCAGGUUAUUGAUUCUAAUUAGUUGACCACUUUAUGAAGAAGUGAUACUCCCCCGUAAUAUUAUUAAAACAGUACCUACCUACUAAAGAAUAGUAAUUUAGAUUUUGUCAGUCAGUUGAUGACACUUAAUUUUAUUAGACUAGUCAAUCUAGAAAAGAGUCAUCAUCGUGAGGUUUUAGAAUUAUUUAUUGAUUCACAUAUAUACCCUAACAUGAUGUUUCCAAAAGAGUGUAGAUGUUUCUGAAUGGGUACUUCAGCCAAAAAGAAUUACUUGAAAUAUCCUAUUAUAAAUUGUUACCAUAGCUGUGUAUAUUAUAAUUAUAUUAUCAAAAUUAAUUCUUGAAUGAAAUAUUCGAUUUAAUGUAUUAAUAAAUUACGUCUAAUGUAUAUUUUCUCGUGACGAAUGAAAAUAUUGUCUGCCAUGCCGUAUUGUGAUAACUCGCAAGUAAUAGCUACAUUCCAAUUGUUCUUAAAUAUCUUAAUUUAGUGAUAUGCAGAAGUGAGGUCUGAUUGUAAAAUAAUAAUUAUGUAGUAUUUGUUAACUAAGAUAUAUUUUGUAUAAAUGGUUGAAAUUGUAAAGAAUUACUUUGUAAAUAAAUAUAAAAUUAUAAUAAUUAUAAAA